AUGAAGCCACGACAUGCAUUGGAAGCUUUUUCAUCUCAGUUAUGUCCAUACGAGCGAGAGGAAGUACCAAAGUAUAGCAAGGUCUACUACAUUAGCCCCAAGGAUAGAAAGCAAUAUGCUACCCCAGAAAAGGCCGAAUUCAACCAUGGUUAUGACGACGAACGCGGAGACUACAUUAUUAACAUGCACGAUCAUCUCUGUUAUCGCUACGAGAUCACUGAUUUGCUCGGCAAGGGUUCCUUUGGUCAAGUUCUAAAAUGUUUGGACCAUAAAACUGGCGAAUAUGUCGCUAUUAAGAUCAUUCGAAACAAAAAGCGGUUCCACGCUCAAGCACUUGUUGAAGUGAAGAUUUUGCAAGACCUCGUCUCUUGGGAUCCUGAAGACCGUUAUAAUAAUGUUCGCAUGACUGACCACUUCUACUUUCGAAAUCAUCUUUGUAUUGCUUUUGAAUGUCUGAGCAUGAAUUUGUAUGAAUUCAUUAAGAGCAAUAAUUUCCGUGGUUUCAGCCUUGCUCUCAUCAGAAGAUUCACUGCCCAAAUAUUGAACUCUUUAUCGCUGCUACAUCAGCACAACGUUAUUCAUUGUGAUCUUAAACCUGAAAAUAUUUUGCUCAAAUACCCUAACCGAAGCACAAUCAAAAUCAUCGAUUUCGGAAGCAGCUGCUUGCAAACAGAAAAAGUUUACACCUAUAUUCAAAGCCGCUUUUAUAGAUCACCAGAAGUCAUUCUAGGAAUGACGUAUAGUAUGACAAUUGAUAUGUGGAGCUUGGGUUGCAUUUUAGCAGAGCUAUACACCGGAUACCCACUCUUUCCUGGAGAAAAUGAGCAAGAGCAGCUGGCCUGCAUUAUGGAAGUGCAAGGAGUUCCCAAACCGUACCUUGUCGAGAAGAGUACAAGACGAAAAUUAUUCUUUGAUUCCUACGGUAACCCAAGAUUAGUGCCUAACUCAAGAGGCAAAAAGCGAAAACCCAAUAGCAAGACACUGGCACAGGUUCUGCGGUGUAAUGAUCAACUCUUUGUAGACUUUGUGAGUCGAUGUCUGGACUGGGAUCCAGAAAAGAGGAUGACGCCAGACGAAGGAAUGUUUCAUGAAUGGAUCCAGGAAUCAAGCCACAAAUCGGUUUCAAAUCGACAAAGCUUUGGAACAAGAUACUCAGAAGGAACGCUGACUCCACCUUCUUCUGCCGCUAAAUUAUACAGGUGA